AAUCUUGAGGACGAUUUUAGGCUGAAUCAAAGAUUUUAGAUUAAGUCUAUUAAAAUCUUCCUCAAGAUAUAGGUUUUUUAUUGCAGUUUCUUGAUUGACGGUCGUGUUGAAAUGCUAGUCAGCGAUCGAGAUAUUGAACUUCACGGGUCGCACAUGGUCGGCAGCGUAACCUGCUGUUCGAAGUACUAUGCGUUUGAUGGUUUAAAUUUAUCAUUUUCAUUCAGACUAUUUAUUUGGUAUUUAUUUUAUGCACUAUUCUGGCUUUCCUUUUUUGAUGUCAAUGGGUUAAUAGCUCCAUUUGCAGGGAGCCCGCCGUCCUAAAAAUCCUGCAAAGGAAGCCCACGAUCACCAUGUACCAGCGGCUAUCCCUUUUAACAACGAUUUCUGAGAAGCUGUGGAAGCAGCAUGAUCGGAAUGGUUUCCCAGAAAACUAACGGAUCGACCAGGCUUUAAUUAUGAUUUUAGUCUUAAAUCUAUCUUAAAUCUAUUGUUUAAUCGAAGAAUGAAUAUUUUUGGAGUGAAUUGGCUUCCCAUAUUUGCACUAUUGCUGUCCUUAUUUAGUUUUUGUGAUCGUGCAUCUUCGUACAGGUCAAGUUUACAUGAGCGACGAUUAAAGCCAGCGCAUUUGAACUUCAACAAGAACGAGUUUUGCCUUGAUAGUCUUCCCGUACCAGAUAACCUACAACCUGAUACCACAUUCACGACAGACGAAGAAGCGAUAGUGCUACAGGAUAUAUAUCGUAGCACAGGAGGCCCGUACUGGACACAUCAGAGAGGAUGGAAUGAUCCCGAUCAUAUACAUCACUGCUCCUGGUAUGGUGUCAAGUGUGAUAACAGGACUCAUUAUGUUAUCAGUUUGGAUUUCAGUGAAAAUAAUUUGACCAACACUCUUCCCAGCAGCCUUUGGAAGCUGCGCAACUUACUGGCAUUGUGUGCACCUUCUAAUACUAGACUCGGAGGGGAAUUGAGGUCUUUUUUAUUUCCAAAUAUGUCAAGACUUAUUCGUAUAGACUUGGCAUAUUGUAGUCUGACUGGCCACAUUCCUCAGAAUAUAGCCAACCUACUCUCUCUCGUCAAGAUACAGUUGUGCUGUCAACAAGGUCUUGGCUUAUCUGGCCCAAUCCCCUACUGGAUUGGGAAUCUAACAGACUUACAAGUCCUGAGCAUCGGAGAAAAUGAUGUAAGUGGUGAUAUUCCAGAAAGCAUCGGUAAACUCUACAAAUUAAGGUUCUUAGACUUAGAGAUUCUAAGUGGGCUCCGAGGGAAUAUCGAAUUGUUCUAUAAUCUUUCAUCCAUGGUAUUCCUUCACGUGUCAAAUUGUGGCAUCCACGGAAAUAUUUCGGAUGAUUUUGGUACAUUUUAUCCCGAAAUGAAUCAAUGUCUACUGCCACAAAACAACCUACAAGGCAUGAUUCCUAGCAGUAUUAAAGCCAUGAAAAACCUUACUCAGUUAGUUCUUUCUCAGAAUAAGCUAACAGGCGUCAUACCUCGAGCCAUUGGGGACUUGCCCUCCUUAAGGAUAGUAGAUCUAUCGGGAAACGAUUUACUGGGUUUUCAAAAUGGGACCAUGCUUCACAGCUCUAAAAUAGAAGUUCUCAUUCUCUCCAACAACAGGCGUUUUUCAUCAGAGUUUAAUAAUUUAAUAAUAUCCUUAAUGCCACUGAACCAGUCUAUUCGUAUCCUAAACGUCAGCACAUGUCACCUGACCGGGUACAUUCCCGUACAACUCUGGUCAUUUCCAAAUUUGAUUUCGAUAGAUAUUCGGGAUAACGAGAUACGAGGUGCCAUCCCGGACGUCCCUUUCGAUUUAUUGUUUCUUUUGAAAAUUGAUUUCUCGAUUAAUCAGCUCUCUGGUCCAGUCCCCGCGUCCUUUAGUCAGCUACACGUUCUGCAAGAUCUGGAUAUAUCUGGAAACCCGAGCAUGUCUUCUCCUCUCGACGAUAAGCGUAUGCUGCAGAACUUCUUUGAACCAGACUUGAACGUAUUAGUAAAGAAAGAUCCGUCAGAUAAGUUCUCUUGUCCCUAUGUUCGAUUCUCCUUUAAUAAUGGUCUUGUAAUUCUUGAUCCAAGCUAUUACGCCUACAGCUAUUGUGUCUGUGAUAUCGGCUACUAUGGUUACGGUAAUAUUUGCCGUGAGUGUAUGGAAGGAGGGAAGUGUAUGGACAGACAGGAUGGUAGUACAUACCCAAGUGUUAUGACAAUUAGUACUGGCUACUGGCCAUCACCUUCACCUAAAAACACCUCACAUCUCGUUAGUUGUGACCCUAAAGGCUUAAGCAUAACGCAACUAUCUUCUUGUAACCCAAAUGGCUCGUGUACAUGUAAUUUUGUGAAGAACGGGAAUUCGUACUAUACUCAUUGCGAACCGUCAGGUAUUUGUAGCGAGGGCAGUUAUGAUCGCUUUUGUACAAGGUGCAUGACGUCGUACUAUCGCAGUGGUAACAUUUGUAGCAAGUGUCCUGAUUAUUCAAACUCUGUCAACAUGAUAACUUUAUUUGUGGUGAUGCUAGUUUUAUCCCUUGUUGUUCUCUGGUGGGCCUUUAUCUAUGUCAGGAAGCGUACGCGUUAUUUAGCUUUAGUUGUCGCUAUCGGGCAAGUCCUGUUACUGGGUAUCCUGUGGUGCUUUCAGCUCAUCCCUGGCUGGCUUUUUGAGAUUAACGUUCUAUUUUUACUGUUUUACGUGGCUGGUAGUGGGAAAAGAACUCGGGGUUUGGUCAAGAUUUCCAUCUUUUACAUUCAGAUCGUCGAUGCCAUGAUAUCUGCGCACAGUUCGACAUGGCCGCCUGAGAUUCUGCAGGCUCACCACUACAUCAGUAGCGUGGUUAAUUUUCAUUUUCUUGGCAUGGCUUGUGAGUUUCCAUCGCUGUUCACCCCCAUAGGUAAAAUCACAAGUGUAUUGCUCGUUCCACUGGUUGGGUUGACCCUGGUUUGGAUGUACUAUGUUAUUGUUUAUCUCCGUUAUCGCAAAUCAAGCCAUGAAACUCACAGAAGAAGAGUGCAACGUCGUCAAUGGGAGUGUCGUCAGGCCAGCAUCGUAAUCUUGAACAUCAUAUACUUUCCAGUUGUUAAACAGACUAUCACAAUGAUCGCCCCAUGUGACCAUGACGGAUAUGUAAGCUACAUGCAUACUGCCCCGUGGGUAGAGUGCACAAGCAGAAAUCACACAUAUGUUGCUCUACGUGUUAUCGCAUGGGGUGCCUUUGUAUUCUAUGUCUUGGGCAUUCCUCUUUGCGUCUUCUUGCCUCUACUUCGAAAGUACCUUACUUUGCGCAAAGCACAAGAAAAUGACGAAGAAAACCUGGAACUCAAAGAAAAACAGGCCAUGAUGGAUCUUUGGUUAGGUUCCAUCUACCUUCCUUACAAGGAAAGUGUUCGAGCAGGCUUCGAAACUGUUGCUCUGUUGCGCAAGUUUCUCAUUGCCUUCGUCAUCGCCUUCCUGCAAAGUACCUCUAUUUACCAAACACUCUUUCUUCUGUUAAUCCUGUCAAUAUCUCUAAUCGUCCAGUUGUCACUGACGCCAUAUAUAGAUUCAUUUAAGACAUUUCCUUUGGAAAACGCGUGUGAAACCAUUGUCCUAUUGGUUCUUCUUCACUCAUUCGUAGCGAUACAAUUAGCUGAGCUAACUCGCGAUACGGUACUUCUGUGGGUUGUUAUAGGGACCAACAUGGCAGUCGUCGUCCUGCUAGUUGCUUCUGUUAUCAUAGUUUUUCUACGAAAUUGGCUGAUAAAACGAAUACAUCCUGAGAUGGAAGGCGAAAGGAUAUCCCAGACAUCACAAACCACUGUCACUCAGCAGGGAAUUUCUUGACCGGUCAGAACUUCAAUUCAGUUCAAAGAAUCUUUGGUAAACGAUUAUCGGGUUCUGAUAUAUAAAAAGAUGACUAGUAGCUGACCAGCAAUGUCCCGUUUAAGAAAGACUGACACUUGAUAAACAAAUUUUCUUGUUCUUCGGCUCUUGUUAUGAUAACAAACAGAAAAAGACUUUACAAGUGUUAAAAUCGUAAUGUGUUACUAGAAUGUACCAUAGGAUUUGUUAUGACUGUUACGACGGCUUAAAAAUUAAAAAUAAAGGAAUAGUAAAACAAAA